CUCAUUUUGCGCGCAAUUGUACCAUAGCAGACAAAUGGGGAAAGUCAUGACAAUGUCACUGAGAGAUUUGCGUAAUCUAAUUUUUUAGAAUUAUGGAUUAAUAUGUGGGUAACACGAUAUAGGACACCUUUCUUGUCAGAGAAGAUGCCACACGACGACUUAUGCUGUGACAGACGGCCCCUUUAUUUAAAAUGUGGUCAUAAGUCGGAAUGGCUGACUGUUGAUAGUAAAGGGACUUGGACUCGGGCGUAGCUUACCAUCGAACGGACGCAGCAAGUAACUAAAAAUGAUUUAAGCGUCUACCAGAUAACACGGUGUUUCAACCCAGACAAUCAUCUUCAUGCACACAGCUGUGAGAAGUGUAUAAAUUAUUUAGGCACACAAUGACCAUUCGGUUUGGAUACCGCGAAACAGUUUGUUUUAGCGCGUUUACAGGAAAAACAUAUUUGACCGUACGGCUGUAUCCUCUAAAGCACAAGUAAUUCCAAAGCAUGUUGGUAUAACUGUUAUCAAUGUUAGAGUAAUGGCGUAAAGUAAGUUUGUGUUGUGGAUAUUCGUUCGUGUCGCUUAUUUGGUGGUAGAGAAGUCCAUGUUGUAGUGUUUAUUUCUUAAAAUGGCUGUUGUUAAACAGUGUGAAACCGGAUCUUUUGUGUAGGCAUUUGCUGUUGCUGAUUAAGCUGUUCUCUAGAGUUGUUUAUAUUUGAAGGUGUAUUCUGGAGUACAGAAAUAAAUAUAUAUGCAGAUACAAUAUGUCAGAAACACAAAAAGGAAAAGACAGUUUAAUGAAACUGUUACUGUCCACAACACCUGGCAGUACUUCAAUGCCAUCAAUAACAAUCCCUUCACCAGCGUCCUCAAUAGCUGGUCGUAUGAGUGGAACUCCAAACUCAUCAAAUUUACCAAGCCCCGUGAGUGACAAUGGUGAGGACAGUUGUACGAAGCUAAGCAAUUACUUGCAUCAGUUAGCUGGCCAGUCAGAACGAGAAUUAAAUGUUGUCCUGAUGGACCAUUCAUAUUCCAAACCUUGGAAUUGGCGGCCAGAAAAUACAUAUGCAAAACCGACAAAGACACUUUUUGUUCAGCCUACUGCAGCUUGGACACAACCAACUCUUUCUUUAAUUGAAGAGGAAGUUGAUGUGGAUGGCGAUGUAGCGAUACCAGUUCCACCAUACGAUAUGAACAAAGUUCGACCUCUAAUGCAAGAGUGUGAAACACAUGUAAAUUUUGUAAGACGUGAAGAAGAUGGUGAUGCUGAUGAAUGGGAAGAACGUGUAUCACGUGUUAAUUGGACUCCUGUUCAAAACCGUUUAUUUAACAAGAUGGUAAGAUUAUUGCAAGCGGAUCGUUUGGCCAGAUUAGCUCAAGCAGGAAAUUGGAAUGAGCCAGUGCUUCGCCGUAUUGCCGUAGACAAGACGGUUCGCAGAGUACGUCAAAUGUUUGCAAGUGUGGGCUGGGAUAUACGGCUUACCCAGUGGCUUCAUGCAACUCUGAUCGAGAAUCUUAGUCGACAGUAUCUUGCUGCCUAUCUUGAUGUACUUCAGUCUUUGAAGGCCAAAGUUCCAACAUUGGUAGAUAAAAUGAUUGCUGUCUCAACCUUGGCAAGCAAAACAGGACCAGCAAGUGCUGAGAACCUCAACAACUUACUGAAGAGACCGUGGGAUCCUGCGGCUGGCAGUUUGAGUCAACAUAAACCACGCAAACUGCCUGGCAAUCCCAUCCUUAUAAUAGCUCCCUCCAGUGGAAAUAGCGGUUUGAUGCAGACUACUCGAGCACAGCAAUGGUUUGCACAUCUCUCUACACUAGGCCAAGUUAUAACAGUGAUUAUGCCAACAGGACCUAGUACUAGUCGUAUGACAAUGACUAUUUGUCUUGAUCAAAUGAUAGCAGUUACAAGAUCAAAGAUUAGUGAAGUGAAAGCUGAUUUUCCAGGAAGACCUCUUAUUCUCAUAGGAUGGAAUACUGGUGCUGCUAUAGCAUGUCAAGUUGCCUUGUUGGAUCAGGUGACAGCCGUGGUAUGCCUUGGUUUUCCCGUAUUUACUGUGGAAGGGAAACGAGGGGAACCAAAUGACACGCUGUUGGAUCUGCAUUGUCCUGUUCUCUUUGUUGUCGGUCAGAAUGCUUCCAUGGCUCGACAGGAAGAUGUGGAGGAUAUUCGAGAACGUAUGAGAGUGGAGACCGGACUAGUGGUUGUGGGAUCAGCUGAUGAUCAACUAAGAGUUGGCAAAACAAAGAAACUAAUGGAAGGUGUUACUCAAAGCAUGAUUGACCGAUGUAUUCUUGAUGAAGUGGGUGACUUUUUGGGUAGUAUUCUGAUGCACCCAUACCAGCCUCCAACAAGAGCUUCCCACAUGUUCACGCCUGCUCAAUCUGUGCCAGCAGCAGGACAGGGAGGAGCAGGAAAAGUAGAACGUAAAGGCAAACAGCUUUCUGCCACUUCAUUGGACAAUGAACCAUCCUCUCCUGCAGGCAAAAGGUCUCGUCCAGGAACUCCGCUUAAUGGAAAUUCCACAACAAUACCAGCAUCUGCAGCUAUUGCUGCUGCGUCUGCUGCUGUAACACCCAUGCAAGUUCCACGUCGUAAAUCUAGAAUGACAUCUGCACAGAAAAUGUUGCUGAAUCCUGUAAACUUAUCAGGAUCACAGGAGUCUAAAUGGGCGGGUCAGAUUCGCCAUGGAUUGAAUUCCUCGAGUCCAGUAAGCAGUGCAGCUGGUAUCACAGUGAAUAUUGGAUCCCUCGCUAGUUUGGCUCCAAUUGGGCCAAUACGCCUUGCUCCAUCCUCUACCUCUGCUUCCAUAUCACCCAUUACAUCUGUACAUAAUGCAAGUGAAGCAGGCAGAGACCACAUGGAGAGGACACGUAGCACUUCCCUCACAAUCCACGGUACCUUGGUAUCAUCUGGUAAUUCUAAUACAGCACUCAGCUCUUCUGACACUUCUGCGUCUGUACCUUCGACAUCAACCGUAUCCACUCCGGCUAGUCGGGGUUUGACACCUGCAGUAACAACGUCCAUUGGUAGGGGGGUGACUCCCACUACAGCCACUGUACUUCAACUGCAAGCUAAGCAGUUGCUAGGAGGACGCGCUGUAUCAAGAACUGCUGGUGGUGGGACUCUGACAACGUUGUCUUCACUUCUUCAAGGAGGAGCAGGCACCAGGAUUGUGACAUCAUCAGCUUCCAGUGUUUUACUGGCACCUUCAACACUUUCUACAUCAGCUGACACACACCAACUUAAAGUGUUGGGAAAUGAAGACAAUUUCCAGAACUUUGUAUCAAGUGGGAGUCAAGUGGUGACAUCCACUAGAGUGCUGUCAAGCAUGGGUCGAACUUUGGAUCUGUCCAAAUUAACGGUACUGACCUCAGGAACUGGUGCAAGUGGAAAGAGCAUGCUGGGAGCAACAAGUGGAGGAAAUGUGGUGAUGUUAGCAGAGUCCCCUCAUACAACGAGUAGUAGUUCAGUACUGGUACCUCUGUCCGGUGUGGCACCAUCUCCAAUUACAAUCCUUCCUUUGGGUACCACUGCCACUAGUGAGCGUAACCCUGCUGGUCAGCGUUCUCUCACUGUCAUACCCAAAAUGAGUGUAUCUUCUGCUUCUAGACAGGCUUUGGCACAGCAGCAAAUGAGAAUGACUGGACCAAAGCUUACUACAUAUACUGUGCCAUCUGGACGUCUGAAAAGACCAGACUCUACAAUUUCUGGACCAAAACCUCCAAAGAUAGGUAAACUGUUGGAAACAUCUUCAACCACACUGGAUGAAGAGGAAGAAGAAGAUGAUGAUACUUUAACACCAGCUAAAAUACUCGAACUUCCAAUUAUCUUUGCAAAAGAUGAUGAUUCGCUCUUCACUGGUAGCAAGUCAGAGCCUGAAGUGCUCAGCACUCCAAUUGUUGUACCAAUUGAUGCAAGUACUGCUGAAGGCAGCCCUUCCUCUGUCUUGACUACAGGAGACACAAUCUCGUUUCCAUUAGAAGAUGACAUAACAGAUCAAAUGUCCAAUAUUUUGAAACCUGCCAUGUCUGCCCAAAAUAUUGUGUUGAUUAAAAGUGGGAAUUCUAGGGAGAAAGCAAAUACUGUUGGUGGCAGACCAGUACUUCAGAAGACUCAAAGGAUUCUGCACACAAUUGGUAAGUUGACUGCACAAAAGCAGCCACUCCCUAAUCAACCAGCAGCCCUCAAGUAUACAAAAAUAAUUCUUACAAAUAGACAUCCAUCUUUAAAAGUUGGAGGACAGGAAUCUGAUAAUGAAUUGUCUGUUGUGAGAAACAAACUAGAAGGCAUUGAACUUGAAUCACCCAGUGACAUGACUAUGCAGAACUCCAUACGUGUUUCGAAUGUAGAGGUGGAAGAUUUUGAUAUCAGUCUUUAGAAGUCGUGAGAGUAUGUUUUGGCCCCGUGAAUAUUUCUUCAGCUGCAUGCUGAAUUUUAUCUUUGGUGAAUUAAGAAAAAUCACAUUCUUUGUUAAAAAAUAACAUUAAAUAAUUUAUUUGCUUAAUAUUCAUCCCUGCAUGCUAAGGGAAGACUUGGAGGCUGUUUCAUCAUGUCUUGAGAAUGCAGUUUUCCUACUGUGUGAUUGACAUAUCAACAGCAUAACUCAUAUUUAUAAUAACAGAUAUAUCUGCUAUUCACUGGUACCCAGGAGAAUAAUCAAAUAGUUCCAUCUGUUUGUCAGAAAUUUGCAAAAUAUGUAGUAUGUCACUUUUAUAGAUACAAGGAAAAUAAGAAAAUGAUGCAGAAGUUGCGGCCCUAGAUAACUUGGGCAAAGUGAUGAAGUAGUGUCUGCCUAUGGCACAGUGGUCUCAAAUUGCUUAUGAAGUGGUACAGUACCAAACUGUCGGUUGAUAAACUAGAAGUUUAUUACAUUUUCAAGACAAAAGAGGCAGGUUGUACUGGUUGCAUAUGCAUAUGUUGGUCACUAUAAAUACAGGUCACAAACAAUUGAAGGAACAGCAUGAAGAUAUGUUUGUUUCUAGAAAUUAAUUAUAAUUAAUUGAGAUGCAGUUUUAUUUUAUUUUUUUGUAGGAGGAUAAAUUUUUAACUGUUUUCUCAUUUUAAUGUGUUCUGUGUAAAAGUUCAGUGGUUUUAUGCAAUUAUCAGUUUUGCUUAUUGGAAAGCAGGUAAAUAUUUGGUUCAUUAUAUUAGGAAUAGACUAAAGUUUUUGUUUCCCUUCCUCACCUCACUUUCCUUUUGUAAGUGCAACAAUAACAACAACAAUAAUAAUUUAUAAUACAUCCAGUAAUAUUAUAAAUCAUAUUAAUAUACCAAACAACAUAAUUUAGAGUAUGAUCUUCUCGGUUAUGAUGCUGCAUAGUCUUUGGGUUGGUUACCAACAUUAUUGCCUCCAUCUUCAGGGUGGGACUACAUGGCAUAAUUUUAUUACUGUGGAAACCUCAACUCUGAAGAAGUUCAUUUGCUGUCUUUGU